UUGCUAUUAUUUUCUUCCAACAGUUACCCUGCUGUAUGUGAAUUCCUACAGCACAAUAACUUGUUAUCUAUACUCCGAGCUCAUGAAGCUCAGGAUGCUGGAUAUCGCAUGUACAGGAAAAGCCAAACAACAGGUUUCCCUUCACUAAUCACAAUUUUUUCAGCACCAAACUAUCUAGAUGUAUACAAUAACAAAGCUGCAGUAUUGAAAUAUGAGAACAACGUUAUGAAUAUCAGACAGUUCAACUGCUCCCCUCAUCCAUACUGGCUUCCAAACUUCAUGGAUGUGUUUACCUGGUCCUUGCCAUUUGUGGGUGAGAAAGUGACAGAAAUGCUGGUAAACGUACUGAACAUCUGCUCAGAUGAUGAAUUGGGGACAGAGGAAGAUGGUUUUGAUGGAGCAACAGCUGCUGCUCGAAAGGAGGUUAUAAGGAACAAGAUAAGAGCAAUAGGAAAAAUGGCUAGAGUUUUCUCAGUGUUAAGAGAAGAGAGUGAAAGUGUGCUGACACUGAAAGGUUUGACUCCGACAGGAAUGCUGCCCAGUGGUGUGCUCUCUGGAGGAAAGCAAACACUGCAAAGCGCUACUGUUGAGGCUAUUGAGGCUGAUGAAGCUAUCAAAGGAUUUUCACCCCAGCAUAAGAUCACUAGCUUCGAAGAGGCCAAAGGCUUAGAUCGAAUUAAUGAGCGAAUGCCUCCGCGCAGAGACGUGCCAUCCGAUGCCAACCUUAACUCCAUCAACAAGGCAAUCUCCACAGAGACUAAUGGCACGGACAGCAACGGCAGUAAUAGCAGCAAUAUUCAGUGACCACUGUCCGGGAGGGGGGUUGAGCUGCAGGGCGCGAUGGGGUUGCUGCACAUCAGCAGUGGGAUGUUCUUGCCUCUGAUAACGGCUUACUUGCUCUGGGGGCCAGGUGUUGGAUUCAGUUUACAAAAAAUCAUCUACGAAGAGAUCGACAACUUUAAUUUGGUGGGAGGGAGGGUGGGGGAGAGACACCUCCUUUGGAUAUGCCUUUAAAAUGCUUGUAGAAAAAUGAAAACUCAUGCUGGUAUAUAUUGCAAAGUUAGGGGAAUGAACAUGUUUUCCUACUGCAUUGGGAACGUCUAGAUAGGUUACUGAAAGGCCUUUUAUUAUGUUACUGAACAUGAAAACUUUGUUUAAUUUCUUACUAACUAUUGUACGUUUACAGUUGCAGCACUAAACAUCGACAACAUCAAAACAUUUUUAACAAAAUGUACAAACUAAAUAAGGACUAUUUAUUGAUAAAGUUUUGCUACUCUUGUCAGACAAUGGCUAUGAAAUAAAUUAGGCAGUCUUUAAAAAUAUAGAGGGGAAAAAAAAGAAAAAAAAAAAGGAAUGUUGGAAAUUUGUUUAAAAUGCCAAAAAAAAGAGAGAGAGAGAGAGAGAGAAAGAAAGAGAGAGUGAGAGAGAGACAGUUUAAUUUUGUACAGAUUAUGCUUACCUCAGGUUUCUUUAGUGUGCUUCAAUGCCCUUCUUUAAAUAUAACACUUAUCUUACUAAUUUGGCAGCAAUUAUCCUUUUCUUUAUUUUAAAAAAAAAAACUGGAAUAAUGAUAACAUUUAUCUUUUUUUUUUUUUUGCUGUUUAUAUUUAGGGGGGUUUGGUUUGGGGGUUUUCUGGGUUUUUUUGGUAAAUCAAGUCUUGGUUGUGGCUUGCUGAAUUUAAAUAUUUAUGAGUGGUGCAUUUUUAAGUAUAGUGAACAAGACACCAUAUUAAGUGCAGUGAAAAGCAUCUAUAUUCUGUAAAAAUCUGCCUAUGCAUGUUUUUUAAGAAAAAAUGGCUGUAUAGGCCUGUAUGGGACUGUAAUGCGCUUAGUGGUCUGACUUAUACUGGAAAUGUAUGUAUACGGGCGUACUUUAUAUUCUCUAAAAAAAUGCUUAAUGCCUUUGAAAUUUUGUAAUCAAAAAAAAGCUUUGAAAAAUCUAAGGGGGAGAGUAUUCUUAAAGUUUUUAACAUAAGCUUGUCAGUGCACAUAUAGAUGGGUAGCAUGUUUAGCAAACCUUGUGAAAUUUAAAUAAGUUUGUAGUUACAUGUGGAAUUCUAAAUGCAUGAUAACUGUUAAUGUCAUAAUGGUUUAGUCAUUUUGUUCUGUUCUGUCAUGUGCCACAAAAUGUGUAAUUUUUUCACUUUUUUCCCUUUGUAUAUCAGUUACGGGUUUCAACUGGUUCAUUCUAAAAAAAGAAAAAGAAACAAAACAAGACAGUCCAUUGAUAUUUUUUAACAAUUGUAUAAGUGCCCAAGUAAUUCACUACAGCCUACAGCCUUGCCUUUGUAAUUUGACUUCGAAAUGUUGGCAAUCAAAGCAUGCACUUGUAACAAUGAAAGAAGCAUUUUAUAUUACUACUCAAUAAAAAUGUGCAUGAACUUAA